CCAUCACAACAAAUACAGCAAAGAUGUUCUCGACAGCUUCUCGAUCAGCAGUUGCGGCUUUACGCUCUUCAGUUCGUCCUUCGAUGGCCGUCUCUGCCGCCAGACGUGCACCUUUGGCACCUUUGAUGUCCACUCGUGGAUAUGCCGAAGCCGUCUCGGAAAAAUUGUCAUUAUCGCUAAUUCUCCCUCAUGCUGCUCUCUUCGAAGGAGAAGUUACACAAGUCAACAUCAACUCAACUUCUGGUGAAAUGGGUAUCUUGGCCGCUCACGUACCCAGCAUUGAACAAUUGGCACCCGGUUUGUUGGAAGUCUUUGAAGCAAAUGGAACCAAGAAAUGGUUUGUCUCUGGUGGAUUUGCUACCGUUCACCCAAACAACAAACUCUCCGUAAAUGCUAUCGAAGCAUACGAAUUGGACCAAUUCUCCCCAGAGGCCGUUCGUUCAUCUUUGGCUGAAGCACAACGUGUUGCCUCCGGAGCUGGAUCGCCUGAAGCAAAGGCAGAAGCAGAGAUUGAAGUGGAAGUUUACACUGCUUUGCAAGCCGCUUUGGCCAAGUAAAGUAAAAGAAUGGAAGGAUAAUUCACACGUUAUACACACACAUAUAUGUAUACAAAUGGUAAUAGAUAUCAUUGAGAGAAUCAUUUACGUGCUGCUACUGUGGGCUCCCAGGGGUUCUAUGA